AAACUUUUUGCGUGCUGGUCGUCAUGGAAUUUACUUUAGACCAUAACGAAACAUAUAACUACAUGUAGACGAUAAUGUUGUUCGGUGUAUCGAAGGGACGCUGGGAUAUCUUGACAUUCCAGCCCCGAGUCCACCUUGAAACCUCAUCAAGUGAACCGUCAAUAUGGCAUCCACCUCUCUUCUCCUUCAAUUAGCCAUCUUUUUUACCUCCCUGGCCGCAACCCAAAAGCUCAUCGCCUCCCUCGACUAUGGCACCUUCCAAGGAGCCUACUCCCAAAGAUACAACAUAACCUACUACCAAAAGAUUCCCUUCGCUGCUCCGCCAGUAGGGGAGAACCGUUUUCGAGCACCACAACCACCACUCCCCAUCAAGAACGGAACUUACAACUCCACCCAGCCCUUCGACAUGUGUCCGCAACGCACAGUAAACGGCUCAGAAGACUGCCUCUACCUAGCCCUCUACAGCCGCCCCUGGGUCCCCAUGCAACCUCUCCGCCCCGUGGUAGUAGUCUUCUACGGCGGCGCAUUCAUCCAAGGCAGCGCCUCCAUCACGCUCCCUCCCGCAGCCUACCCCAUCCUGAACGUCUCCUCCUCCUCCAACAUCCUCUUCAUCUACCCCAACUACCGCGUCAACGCCUUUGGCUUCCUGCCCGGGUCUCAGAUCGCCGCUGAUCCAACCUCAGACUUAAAUCCAGGGCUGUUAGAUCAAGCUGCUGCGUUGAAAUGGGCGAGUCAAUACGUCGAGGAAUUCGGGGGCGAUCCACGGGAUGUGAGUAUCUGGGGCCAAUCCGCCGGAGGAGGGAGUGUGGUCGCUCAGGUCAUCGCCAACUCUGGCAGAACUUCUCCUGCUCUAUUUUCGCGAGCUUUGGCUUCGAGUCCCUUUUGGCCGAAGACGUAUAAAUACGAUGCACCUGAGGCACAAGCAGUCUAUAAUAAGUUGGUGAACUUGACAGGGUGCAAUGAUAAGGGAGAGGACAGCUUGAAGUGUUUGAACGGGUUGGAUGUGCAGAGGAUUAGAGAGGCGAGUUUGCAGAUCUCUGGGAGUGGGACCUACGGUGCUAGUUCGUAUACUUGGGCGCCGGUUGUAGACGGGGUGUUUUUGAGGGAGACGUUGACUGAGGCGACUAGGAAGGGAGAGGUGAAUAUUGAAACUGGGUGGGGUAUUUAUAAUACGCAUGAAGGGGAGAAUUUCAUCCCUCCUGGACUGGCGAAUGCGAGUAAUACAGGCAGUCCUCCUUUCAACUCGAGCAUUGCAUCGUUCAACACCUGGCUACAGGGUUUCCUACCUGGGUUCUCAGAUCGCAAUAUUGACCGUGUAAAAUUGAUGUACCCAGAGUCAGGUUCCACGGAGGAAAUCGCUAGCUACAAUACUUCAUACGUACGAGCUGGACUCAUCUACAGAGACAUCGUCCUUGCAUGUCCCGCAUAUUGGAUGACAAGAGCAGCACACAAGAAGAGUUAUGUUGGGGAAUACACAAUUUCUCCUGCAAAGCACGCAAGUGAUACGGAAUGGUGGAACCAAGUGAAUCCUAUUCAGAAAUCCCAACCCCUAAUCUACUCGGGCUUCACAGGGGCCUUUGCAUCAUUCUUACAGACUGGAGAUCCUAAUGCAAACAAACUCACUAAUGAAAGUGAGCCAGGUGUGCCUGAGAAUUGGGCGACUGGAGAGGAGUUCGUAAUUAAGAGUGAUGGGUUUGAGAAUGCGAAGGUGGAAAUGUUGGAUAAGAGGUGUGGAUUUUGGAGAGAAGUUGCUGCUGAUGUUCCAAUUUGAUACUUAUUCAGCGCUCUUUUUACUCUCAUAUACCCACGGUCUGCGUAAACGCAAAUCUGCCUAUCUUGCAAGCGCUAAACUGUUUGUACAGGUAUCAACGGUAGAUUAGACUAGUAUGGCCUAAAUGCCGCUCACUCCACAGGCGGUAUUCAAUACGAACAAUAUUGUAUUUCGUGACACAGGCAGUAUUUACACUUAAAAUACUUGGUAUAUCGACUUAUCUGAUAUCUGAGAACUGCUGUGAUAGACUUGUCAGAACCUCAUUGCGGAAAUAGAGAACCUGGGGAAUGGAAGUAACAUUCUUAACUUAAUUAGUCCCGGGAUUUCCAGAUAUACCAGUGCUGCCAAGGGAUCCUGAUCACAGCAUCU